UAUUACAACAGUAAUAACUUUUAAAAUGGGGCUUAAGAAGAAGAAAAAUGUUAUCAUCAUCACAUCUUGCAUGGUGUCAUGUUACAUUCUCUAUCAGCUUUAUUUCUUCUUCACCAUCACAUCGGAAGUAAACGAAAGCUACAGAGUGAUUCCAGUGCUAGACCAUGAUACUAUUAAAGAAGUCUUGCACCUUAGAUCAGAAGAAGAUAAGUACAUAAACGAAAAUGGUAUGUUACGAGGAGUGCUAUAUACAAAAAUCGCGCAUUACAGACCGGAUUCAAAAAAUGAAUUUAAAUGUCGAACGUCGGAUCAACGUAUACCUUUUGAGCAAUUGAACGAUGAUUAUUGCGACUGUGAAGAUGGGUCUGACGAACCAAGCACCAGUGCAUGUCCUACUGGUGUUUUCUAUUGCGAUACCCAAAAUAAAAAAAAGAAGGAAAUAUUCGAAGUGCCAUCAAGUAAAGUAAAUGAUGGUAUUUGCGAUUGCUGCGACGGUUCCGAUGAAUGGAUAAAUGAGGGGAAACUGCUAAGUCAGAGUUCAUCUGGACUCUAUAGAUAUUAUACCCCAAAGUGUUUUAAUGUUUGUAAAAAGUAAUUCCUUUCAAUUAAGGUUGUAAAAAUGGUUGUAAAUAUUUAUAAAAUAACAUUAAGCUCAGAUAUGCAGCUUAAUAAAGUAACUUAUAAAGUAUUUUGAUGUUGCUCUGAUGAAUGCUUUAUUGUUCUAUAUUGUCAUGGUUUAGAUUGUAGAAAAGUUAUGGUUUGGAUCAAAUUAUUUUGAAAAAGUUUUUUUAAUAUGAUUCAGAUAAUAUACCAGAAUUUUAAUUUGAUUUAUUAUUUACUUGAUGAAACCAGAUCUUUAAAUUGGCUAUAAUAGUUAAGUAGAGCACAAAUCAUCAAAUUCAAGCUGCCAUUUUUCUACGAUCAACACAAAUUUGUAACUCAUGUUAUUUGUAUUACCUCUCAACAUCCGCCUUUGUUAAGCACCUUGAAACACCACAAUGUAAAUAGGAUACUGUAGGUUAACAAAUAGGAGGGGUGGGUAACAAUAUGUUUGUACAAUAAUCACUAAAGGUUUAAUAGUAGUGCUGUCAUUUCACAAUGUACCCUGUGGAGUUAGAACUUCUUUUACAGCUGUUUCAUUUCAUUACUUGAUUUGUUUACAACCAUAGGUAAUACUUUAUAUAUAUAACAACAGUUCAUCCUGUAAGUAAAUUUAUAUCUAUAGACAAGAUGAGGAAUACUGUUAAAGGGUGCAUGAGUAUAUUUAGUCAAAAAUAUUAAAUCAGUAUAUUCUAUACUUCUUCAUAACAUUCUUACAGUUUACUCAUGAAAACCCUAUUGAAGAUAAAAGACCAACAUAGCAUUGCACCUACGGAUCGCAACGCAUACCUAAUAAAGUGACAGGAGUAACUUAAUUUUACUUUUGCAUGUGAUGUUUGGACUGUAUCUGAUUUCUUUCUAACUUAGUAAAAACUAUGGCAAUGGUUUUCUCAAAAACUAUCAGCGUUUCGUUUUCACAGAUAAGUCUUAGAGACAGUAAAUAAUGUACCUCUCAAGCCUCUCAGUAUUAUUUUGGCUUUCAUUUACAUGUAUGUAUAUUGUACAAUGACAGACUUUGGUUUGUGAACUUUUAUGAUGUCAGAUGUACAUAUUGAGCAAUGCCAUUGCAAGGCCUGGCUUUAACAUGUGCCUAUAAGAGUGUGUGGUUAACUAUCCCAAUAAAACCAUACUUUGCCUGUGGCCUGUUUACCCUCACUUUUUUUGCUUAAGUGUGGCCACGUAAAUAACAUGUAUAAAUCAAUAGCUGACAUAAUACAAAUAGUUUUUAGUAAUAAAUAUUAUUCUCUUAUAGAAAAAAUUCUUGUAAAUCUUCAUAGAUUUGAAAUAUGAGCUAUCAAAUUUUUACUGGUGGCACCAUAAUGGAUUUAAGAUAAAUAAAGUUAAAAACAAUCUUCCUGAAAAUAAUGUAUUGAUUGAUUUCUUGUUGAUCUGACUUAAGUAACCAAAAAACAAUUACCUAUUUUUAGAUACAAUUUGAACCUUUAAUUUUACUUUUAAGUUAAUUUACUAAAGAGCCCUGGUGAAACCUUGAUACCUUUUUCUGAGAAACUGAUAUAUCAUAAGAUUUUGGUUGUUAAAAAUAUAUUUUGUAUAAGUGAUGCCAGUAUAGGUUUUAUGCAUUGCAUAAAAAUAACAGAUACUAUACAAUUUUUAUUAAAUUCCUUAAACUAUUUAGAACAUAGUAGGUAUUAAGUAGUUGACUUUUUAUGAUUGAAUAUGAAAUUUAACUAAAAUUUAACACUCAACAUAACAAAAUUUUGCACUAAAUAGGUGCUGUAGAAGGUAUUGGAAGCAGUAUGUUUUUCCAGUAAUUAAAAAAUGGACUUUUAUGAUACUUGUACAGUCAAUUCACUAUCAUUUAUCCACUUAAAGCCUUAAAUAUAAGCCCUGAUAGUUAGCGCUAGGCGUUCCUUCUGUAUUUAAAACCAUCCAACAAUAAUAAUUUAAUUCCAACGCCGCGCCGCUUUUGUUUUUUUUAAGAAAAAAAUAGAAUAUUUUAUUAUUUGUGUAUAUCUGCCUAACUAACCAGGUAAGAUGUACAUAUUUAUUUCAACAAGCUAGAUUAAGGCGUUGGCGCCGUGACAAUUUCUUAAGUUACAGUGUCGUGAGCUUAAAAAGGUUGGGAACCCCUGCUCUAUAUAAGAUGGGGGAAAAGUUAUAGUGAAUGGAAUGUUGUCAAGCUACAGUUAGGUACAUAUCGCAGCUUUUUACGAUCAUUUAAAAGGGACGGUUAGAUAUACCUACUUACUGGCUCCCUAUAUCCUAAUAAGCCUUUUAAUACAGAACAUACCUUCUUUUCUGAAUUUUACAGACCAUUCCUAUGGAAAAAAAUAAAGUGUUUCUCUACUCAUUUACAAAUGAAUCCCUAACCUUUAUGCUUAAUAGCUGAUAAUUCAUCACCCCAAAGAUACCUACUUAAACUUGUUUUACAUUAAAUAAUCAAUAAAACGCUUUUAAAACUUGUCUAACACUAGAAUAACACAGGAGAACAAUUACGAUUCAUAUUUUGAAACAUAAAAGACUGAUAGGUACUUAUUUAGAUAUUUCAACACUUCAUUAAACCAGCAUGCGAAAAAUGUAAAUACUUCUGAUUAUUUUUCCGACCCAAAUAUCGACCAAUAGAAUUGCACCAUUCGACGUCACGUGGUACAACCUACAUGGUAUCAUACUGAUAAUUUUUUGAAAAUUUUCUC